AUGAUCAUCAGGUUAGCGAACGAGGCCGAUCUCGAGGCCAUGACCACGGUCCUGAUCGGGGCCUCGCCGCUCGACCCAGUCUACCCGUACCGCUUCCCAGACCAGCAUCUCUACCCGGAUGAGUUCGCCUCCCUCUGCCGGCGCAAGUGCGCCGAGUACCUUGAAACCAGCACCGUCGUGGUCUGCGAGAUGCCCGUGGACCGUUACAACAGCAACAACACUCAAGUCGUGGCCUUUAGCGCGUGGGACAUGCCAAGGCUAGACGCCGCGCCAUCCUCUCACUCCCGCCGCAACAGCGCUAUCGGUAUACACCACCUCUUUGAUGUCCCCUUUCACGCCCAGGGAGGCCACGUGUUCCUCAAGAUCCUCCUCUGCCAUCCGUCCCACCAGCGCCGCGGCGCGGGGACCGCCCUGGCUCAGUGGGGGAUCGACCAGGCGCGGCGCAUGGGCGUGCACACGACCGUGUUUGCGAGCCCCAUGGGCAUGCGGCUGUACCAGAGGCUCGGGUUCCGCGAGGUCGGGCGGUUCCGAGUGCAGCUGGAGGGAGAAGGGGACUUUGUCGAGAUCCCUGCGCUGGCGCUGGGGCCUGGAUUGGUGGGCUCCAUGAGGGAGGCCGAGGGCUGCGUCGAGGGGGGUGCUAGGCGGGGGUUGUGCGGACGGAGAGUCGGGGAGGGCGUCGCGUGGGAAGGGACGAGAGCUCCCGAUGAGCUCGGUCCCAUGACAAGCCGCCUCCAGCAAGCUACCGAAGACGCGCUCCUGACCGGAGGCCGCGCCGGGCGCCGCGCCGUCGAAGAAGCAGGCUUCAGUGAGGAGCUCAAGGCCAAGCUGCUGGACAAGGUCGCCACCGCAAAGUUCCAUCAAGAACACUCUACCGCGCUGGUCCAGGCGGGCAUUGACUCGCGCAUUCCCGAUUCGGCCGGGCUGGGCACUCGGGCCAUGGCCUCGGCGCAGCCGUGGACGGGCCACGAGUCGACCGAGGACGCGGUACUGCGCAUGUUGGACGACGCGCGCAAGCCGCUGCCGCCGGAGCUGAGGGGCAAAGGGAAACCCGCCGUGCCGGCGCCCGUGGAUAUGCGCAUCCGGAGGGAGGUUGGGUUGAGUCCCGGCCGGAGGGCGGCCGGGGCGCGGGACAAGGCGCAUGCGUACGCGGGCUUGGGGGUCAAGGAUAAGGGGUUGAGCGAGGAGGAGAGGGAGGCGGUGAGGAAGGAGUUCAGGGAGCGGUUUACGCCAGGGGCGAGGGCCAUGCCGAAUACCGUGUCCGGGCUGGCGGCGUUGGCGAAUGAGCGGAUUGAGGAUGCCAUUGCGAGGGGCCAGUUUAAGAAUAUACCCCGCGGGACGGGGAUUGAGAGGGAUACGCGAGCGGAUAACCCGUUUAUUGAUACCACCGAGUACAUCAUGAACAAGAUGAUAAAACGCCAGGACAUCGUCCCUCCCUGGAUUGAGAAGCAGCAAGAGUUGAUCAAGGCCGCUGAAAACUUUCGCGGUCGGCUGCGCAACGACUGGAAACGCCACGCCGCGCGGAUGAUUUCUGCCAGUGGCGGCACCCUCGAGCAGCAGCUCGCCCAGGCUACCGCCUACGCCCGCGCCGAAGAGCUCCACAACCCGCGUCGGCGCAACCCAGAGCAAAUCUCGGUCCCGACCAACGUAACCGACGACGUGGUCAUGCAGCAGGCCACCGCCGCUCCCUCCAAACCCAAUCCUCCUGCUGCAUCACCCUCCGGAGACAACAUUCCCGGCCAUGGCCAUAGCCAUACUUCUGUCCUCCCCUUCCGCGACCCAGCCUGGGAAGCAGCCGAGCGGUCCUACAUGACGCUCGCCAUUGAAAAUCUCAACGCCAUGACCCGCUCCUACAAUCUAAUGGCUCCCGAGCUGGCCAAGAAACCGUACUUCUCGCUGGAACGGGAGCUGAGCAACUGCUUCGCCGACGUUGCGCCGCAGGUGGCCGACGAGAUCCGGUUGCGCGCGACCAGGCCGGCCAAAUCGCUUGUUGAUCGCCCCUUUGGUGGGUCUCGGGGGGGCCAGAAGGGGAAGGGAUUUGGUGGCGGGGUCGGGAUAGGGGAGUUGUUGCGUGGCGGUGGUGCGGGUGAAGGAGGGGUGAGUGUGCUGGAGGGGAGGGAGAAGAGGUACGGGUUCAAGGAAUUCUGGCGGGAUUUGUGGGCCAAGUGA